AUGAUAAAGUAUAGAAGAGUCAUACUAUUGGGACUACUUAUUGUUCUUUGCGGUGGAUUUUUCUUUUACAUAGAGAGUAAAGAAGCUAGCUACCAAAGACUGAAAUCUAAUUCUAAUGCAAUAUCAUCAGAUAAGAAACAAAAGCUAGAAGAAUACAAUCUAGUUCAAGGAAUAAUUGAGCCAUGUACAGCGACUAAUCCCAUAAACCAUGGGUUUAUUGAUUUAAGAGGUCUUUCAUCCAGUGCAAAUGAAGGUAAAGCUUUGCCUUGGACCUCUAAAGGUUAUGAUAGCGGACACAACUACACUAUAGGGAUAUGUUCGAACCCUUUCAAAAAGCAUCAUGACGAGGUAACGGAGAUGAAGGAUGGUGUAAGUGCUGAAAAAGUUGGUGCUUAUUAUAGAGAUUCAAAGAGUAGUAAAUAUGUUUCUCUAGGAGAAUAUUCCAGUACCCCAGUUUUUAGAGGAAAGAAGCUUACCUUGACAUAUGAAAAUGGGUCUGCCUGUGAUGGUUUAAUUGACAAGACAACUGGGCAGUUAAUGAGGAAGUCUACCUUGUUGACAUUCACUUGCGACAGAGAGAUGCAAGGUAGGGCCACCGUUUCGUUCAUUGGUUCCUUCAACGACUGCAACUAUUUUUUUGAAGUCAGAUCUCAUGAAGCGUGCCCAACUGCAGCUAAAGAGAGCAAUUUAGCUGUAAUCUGGAUCUUUUUUCUGAUACUUUUGGCCGCCCUCUUCGUUUACUUUUCGGGAGGUCUCUUGUACAAGCACAUGAAAUCAGAGGGGCCAAAAAUGCAAUAUAAGUCAUGA